AUGGCUGUUGUUAACAGCAACAUGUUCGAUUUCAGCGUGCGUCCAAACCACCAGAAUGGAGAAGUAGCCGGCGCUCAUAUCAUAUCUUUACCGCUGAACCUGAUUGCGCAUAUAGUUUCAUGGAUUGAAGACCCAGGCGACCUAGCUCGCAUAUGUCGUACCUGCCGAUUGCUGCACUAUAUGGCCAUCCCGCAUCUCUAUCGCAACAUCGCCCUUACCUCAUACGACCGUAUCCGAUACCGCGAUGAGCUGCCGGAAGGAUGGGGCAACGCGAGUCCAUUUUCGAUGGGCCUUAAUACAUUGGUUACUAGAGCUCAUGCAUCGCUCGUGCAAUCCAUGACUUUGCGUGGUGAGUGGAGCGAGCCAGAAUUGGAGGAUUACUCCAAAGUUGGACGUGUACCGGACUCCUCUAUGAUGCUCAACAUCUCUGUGAGGGCGGCGCUUGACCGCACGAAGAAUAUCGAGAGCUUUAGCUGGGAGCUCAACACAAAAUUAAUGGAGACGGUAUAUACCGGUCUCUCCAAGCUUCCGAAGCUCACAUCUUUGUCCAUACGAUUCCCUUCUAGCAGAUUUCCGCGUCCGAUAUAUAUUAUUCCCGCCAUGCCUCAUUUGCGCAGUCUCAAAGUGACCGACAUAGAUCCUCUCUGCUACCCUGACGACAUCUCAACACUGUUGGCUAAGAGUCCUCGCCUUGAUGACUUGAAAUUGCAGUGGUCACCUCGCAUGCGCGAGAAUCAAGAACCUAGCGUCGCUGUUUACGAUUACUUCCGCCAUUGCAUCAUUAACAAGUCUCCGCUGAAGCUAAAGAAAUUAGCAUUCCACAAUCUGUUUUCAAGACAUACGAUUGAUUGGCACCAAGCAGUUGAUGAAUCAACACUGGAGGAAGUGACCUUCCUCAACGGUUGUAGCGGGGAUUCGCCAUUUCAGUUUACAUUUGUUGACCAAACUUGGACGGCAGCCCGUGCACACAACCCGAGAAAGUUAAAAUUGAAGCUUGUUAGACACGAUCUCGUCACUAAAGAAUUCUGCGAGUUUAUAUCUGGCUGUGAAGGCCUGGAAAAACUAUACUGCGUCAACGCCAAUCGCUCCAUAGGAGCGAGACCAAACAUGCGGCCGUCAGUGAGCAAUCCUGCUACGCACUCAUCCCACAUUGGUAAUGGCAUAGCUUCAAAUCCCCCUUUUCCUUCCAUUGCUGGAAAUGGUUCAACCGCAUCCCCGCCUUCACCUCCAUCUCCCGCCUCUAAUCCAAACCCGUAUUUACAGCUUCGGGAUACUUACUUCAACUCGGUAUUGAUAAAUCAUGGUGCUACUUUACGCCAUCUUAUCCUUCCUUCACGCUGGCCGCUAUCGAGCAACACGCUUGCGCGUUUGGUCCAUGUUUGUCCCAACAUAGAGCAAUUGGCAUUAGCCGUGGAGGUCUCAACAAUGGAUGCAUUCAGUUUACUUAUUCCUUUUCUUCGGAAAUUGCAAGCUUUGCGAAUCCUGGUCCCGCCCACUGAGAAACCAACCCAGGGACAGCGUAUUUCGCAGAGUAACCCGAACUCUCCUAUCCCACAAUUUUCGAGUAUCUACGAUCUGGUUGAUCUAGACGAUGAUGUCCAUAUCGAGAAGCUCAGCGCAGCGACAGCAGAUAGAGAUCUGGCUCAGUCCAUAAAGGUCGUUGGAAUGGGCUGGAAAGCAUACGAACUUGGUGAAUUCUACUAUAUUCCUGCCUCUGACCACACGCCAAUUGCUUCCGGGGUCAACUACGAUCAAACAACAGAAGAUGCGCGAGUCAUGAUCAGUGCAAAUGCGAAUGGUCAAGCAUUGCCGGAUUCUGAGUUUCCAAUGGACGAACCAGCCAGGACCAAUCAAAAUCGCCCUGCACACUCCAUCAUUGCGCGUACUCCUACUCCGUACGGAGCGAAAAUGCCAAAGUCAUCUUUGGGUAAACGCGCUCGUGAUGAGACGUCAUCACCCUCGGGCUCCCCUAUCAAGCGUUCAUUACUAUCGGAUGGUGAUAACAUUUAUGAUACACUUCCUACAGGAGAAAAAAUAAUCUGGAGACGCCGCGUUCGCCCAGUAGGCUGGGAAGUGCUCAAGAAUUGGGAGAUAUGGACUCUUGAUUCACAAGACAUUUGAACAUGGUAAUUCCGUUCUUGUGGUACAGGCUCCUCUUUCAAUGGGUCAAGUGCUCACUCGGAAUGAUCAUAGCAGAGAACAUAGCUCAACUGACGAGUAUACUACGGAUUCCCCAAAAAUUCCUCUAGCUGUUCGUGGCUUCAACAAAUAUACCAACAAGUGACCUAUCUUCUGCUGAAAGAAGAAAGAGCUAUGAGACUUGUCUGCCUGGAUAAGCUUCCCAAGUUAGAGGCAUCUUGGACAUCCCUCGUUAACUGUCAUAUACGCCAACAUUUGAAAUAUCAAUGAGAGGAGAAAUUCUAAGUGGAUCAAUCGCUGGGGAUAUCUACUUCAACUGGAACCAUUCAGCUUCAUGUCAGUUAAAUGAGUGCUAAGACGGACAGCAAAUUGCCUCAAA